GGUCGCGGGUCCCUAGUGGGGCGACUGCCCAUAAACAUGGCGGCUCCCUGCUCAGCUUCUCCCCGCCGGGGCCGCAGGGCCACGCCAGCCUUGCCAGUACUCGGGGACUUCCUCCGCGAGCCGGCUUCCUGCACGGCUGGCAUUAAAACAGGCGCCUGGGGCUGCGGGCUGCGGCUGCAGAUGCUGAGCUGUCCGCUGGCUGGGCAGCGCCCCCUCCUCCCCUGAGCCUCCCAGGCGGGCGGGAGAAGAGCCAAACCAUCCCUAAACUGCACCCGAGCCAAAGCGGGAGAGAGCUGGGGGAGACCGGGGACCCCGGCAUCUGACAUUUUAAUUGCAGGUUUGACUUUUUUCCCAAGAUCGCAGCCCUCCCACCCAGCCCAGAUAUUUUAUCUCCCUCCGGCCUUGGUUGCUGGAUGAAGCCGGGCCUGGGCUUGGUCCCAGGAGCAGGGGAAGAGCGCGUUCGCGGCCCCGCGCAGUCGCCCCAGGGACCCCCGAGCCUUGCGCCCCGGCCAUGGUGUGGCUGAGCCCCGCGCUCCGGUGAGGCGGCGGCGCAGCUGGGAGCCCGACGGACCCGCCCUGCAGGACGCCUUCCCCAAGGAACGGGGGUCGCCGGACUCCGCGCCCUCCUGCUGGGACUGCGCACCGGGCCCGAGAAGGCGAGCGGUGGCCGCGAUGUUCAGCUGGCUGCGUUCCGAUGACCGCCGCAGGAAGGACCCCGAGGUCUUCCAGACGGUGAGCGAGGGUCUCAAGAAACUCUACAGGACCAAGCUGCUGCCCCUGGAAGAGCACUACCGCUUCCACGAGUUUCACUCCCCCGCCCUGGAGGAUGCUGAUUUCGACAACAAGCCCAUGGUCCUGCUGGUGGGCCAGUACUCCACCGGGAAGACCACCUUCAUCAGGUACCUGCUGGAACAGGAUUUCCCAGGCAUGAGGAUUGGGCCCGAGCCGACCACGGACUCUUUCAUUGCAGUGAUGCAGGGAGAGAUGGAGGGCAUUAUCCCCGGGAAUGCCCUGGUGGUGGAUCCUAAGAAACCUUUCAGGAAACUGAACGCCUUUGGCAAUGCCUUCUUGAACAGGUUCGUGUGCGCUCAGCUGCCCAACCCCGUGCUGGAGAGCAUCAGCGUCAUCGACACGCCGGGCAUCCUCUCCGGGGAGAAGCAGAGGAUCAGCCGAGGGUACGACUUUGCGGCAGUCCUCGAGUGGUUCGCCGAGCGGGUCGAUCGCAUCAUCCUGCUCUUCGACGCCCACAAGCUGGACAUCUCUGAUGAGUUCUCAGAAGUCAUCAAGGCCCUCAAGAACCACGAGGACAAGAUGCGGGUGGUGCUGAACAAGGCGGACCAGAUUGAGACGCAGCAGCUGAUGCGGGUGUACGGGGCCCUCAUGUGGUCCCUGGGGAAGAUCGUGAACACCCCGGAGGUGAUCCGGGUCUACAUCGGCUCCUUCUGGUCCCGCCCCCUUCUCAUCCCAGACAACCGGAAGCUCUUUGAGGCCGAGGAGCAGGACCUAUUCAGAGACAUCCAGAGUCUGCCGCGAAACGCUGCCCUGCGCAAGCUGAACGACCUCAUCAAGAGGGCCAGGCUGGCCAAGGUUCAUGCCUACAUCAUCAGCUCUCUGAAGAAGGAGAUGCCCUCGAUGUUCGGAAAGGACAACAAGAAGAAGGAGCUGGUGAACAACCUGGCCGAGAUUUAUGGCCAGAUCGAGCGGGAGCACCAGAUCUCACCUGGGGACUUUCCCAACCUGAAGAGGAUGCAGGACCAGCUGCAGGCCCAGGACUUCAGCAAAUUCCAGCCACUGAAAAGCAAGCUGCUGGAGGUGGUGGACGACAUGCUGGCCCAUGACAUUGCCCAGCUCAUGGUGCUGGUGCGCCAGGAGGAGACACAGCGGCCCGCCCAGAUAGUGAAGGGCGGAGCAUUUGAGGGCACUCUGCACGGCCCCUUCGGGCACGGCUAUGGGGAGGGGGCUGGGGAGGGCAUCGAUGAUGCUGAGUGGGUGGUGGCCAGGGACAAACCCAUGUACGAUGAGAUCUUCUACACCCUGUCCCCGGUGGAUGGCAAGAUCACGGGCGCCAAUGCCAAGAAGGAGAUGGUGCGCUCCAAGCUGCCCAACAGCGUGCUGGGUAAGAUCUGGAAGCUGGCCGACAUCGACAAGGAUGGCAUGUUGGAUGACGAGGAGUUCGCACUGGCCAACCACCUCAUCAAGGUGAAGCUGGAGGGCCAUGAGCUGCCCAACGAGCUGCCCGCCCACCUCAUACCCCCGUCCAAGAGGAAAGCCACCGAGUGAUGGGGGGCGGGGAGGUCCAGAGCAGGCAGGAGUUAGAGGAGAUGGGAGAGGCGAUCACACACACACACACACACACACACACACACACACACACACACGUUGGGAACAGCACUGCGGAUAAGGGGACAGUGAUCCCUAGGUCUCCAGGUGGAUCUUCGUGUGGACACAUCUCCAAGUUCUCGGCGUUGCCUGAGGCACCGGAGCGCUCCCAGGGUCCCGGGUAUCAAGCCUAGGUCUCCAUCCCUCUUUCCCUCCCCUAUUCCACUGCCCAGAGACCCGCCUUCUCCCACAGAGGGGGCAGUUCACUCACCCACAGAUGGCCCACCUACCUCCAGAUUCCCCGGACUCAGAGCAUAUGGAAAAGGCUUCUCACGUAAUAGACAAUCCACUUUUUUUCUGUGCUUUCUCCCCCCUCUUUGGCUUCCUCAUAUGAAGUCUGCUCUGGGGCCAGGAGAUGGGAGGGGAGGGGAGCUGCGGCAGGGAGGGGAGGGGAGGAGGGAAGCGUCCUCAGCGAACCAAGCCCCAGACUUGAAGACACGUGGCCCCGAGCCCUGUUCUCUCCCAGGCUUAGGCUCUGACUGCCUUGGCAGGCCUGGCUUUGAAACCUGCUUGCGCUUCACUUCAAAGAAUCCCAGAACCAGAGAGAGAAGGGAAAAACUCGGCGGGAAAGAAAGCAAAGAAACUGUUCUGUCAUCCUCUGCUCUCAUAGCCAGUCAAGGUGGGUUUUAUUCCACAGAUUCUGGGACAUUCAUAUUUUUUCCCACCUGGCCUCUAUGUAUCGAUGCUUGUACUCGCCUCACAUUUAUCCAGCCUCUUCUGAGUGCCAGGAGCUGUGUUAGGCACUUUAUAUACAUUAUCCCAUGUGGUCCUCACCACGCUCCGAGGAAGUAUGUGUUAGUCCCUCCAAUUUGCAGAGAGGAGCCUGAGACUCGAGUUCAGGUGACCCUCCCAGGGUCACAGAACUCACAUGUGAUAGGGCGAGGGCCACAGACGCUGCCCUCUGCUGGGAUGACGUGCGGGAUCCCAGCGUUUCUGGCUGAUGAUAGACCGCGGCAGAUAAGCUGAGCACACAGCCCCCUCGUGGCCUCCCGGAGCGGGCUGGUGAGGGAGAAGGGCCAGCCAGCAUCUGGUGGGCCAUCAGUCUGGCCAUCUGUCACAGCACAGAAGCAAACCGUGCCUUCCGGCGACGCUCCCCAUGUUCCUAAAAUCGCAGAAGCCCGACAGCACCAGCGGGAGAGUGGGCUGGCCUGUUGGAUGCUGUUUGCCUCUGUCUCUGCUCUGCCUCCCACCCAGUAGCCUGAAUCAUCCCAGCUCAAAUGCAGCCACCAACUCUUAUCCAGUGGGACCUCCUGCUGAUUCUCUGAAGGCCAGUUUGGGAGGUCUAAGGUCGUGUUCCCUGCAGGACCCCCGGGAGUCCGCGGUGUCCUCGGCAAAUCCCCACCGUUCUCGGUGCCCUACAGUCUUCCUCAUGGUCUCUCCCCUGGCUUGCUUCGCAGCCACUGACUCAGUCACUUUGUAUGCCAUGCUCCUACUGUGAUGGAAAACGAAAACAAGUAUAACUUAUUUUGUAUCUAUGUUGAGACUAUAUAGAGAAUAUUCUGUGUAUCUACGAUGUGCUUACUACUGCAGUGCAUUUGUCCUCAGUGUUCAUGUUAAUAUAGCACAUUUAUCCUUUGGUA